GACCCUGCGGUAUGUUCCAGAGGAAUCCAAAGACAAAGUUAUCUCAGAUGAAGCUGUCCUAGGAACAUUACUGAAAGUUUUCCAGGCUUUGUUCUUAAAUGAUCUCAAUAAACAAUCAGAUAUCUUGACCUUACUUCCACAACCUGUUAAGUCAAAAUAUCAAGACUUACUGGCACUUCAGCAUCAAAGGGUGAAUCUUCUUGAAAACAGACAUCAACAGCAAAAUAUGUUUAAACCAGAAGAAAUUCUUUAUGAGACAUUGGGUUUCAGUGUUGCCCGAGCAACUAGCUCACUGAUUUCUGCAGGAAGAGGAGUCUUCGUUACUAAAGGAUUGGUACCAAAAGGCGCAGUUGUAUCUAUGUAUCCUGGUACAGUAUAUCAGAAGUAUGAGCCAAUCUUUUUCCAGUCCAUUGGAAACCCAUUUAUUUUUAGAUGUCUGGAUGGAACACUCAUUGAUGGAAAUGACAAAGGAAUAUCAAAAGUUGUGUACAGAUCUUGCAGUGGAAGAGAUCGGCUUGGCCCUUUGAAACUGAAUGAUACUACAUGGCUAACAUCAGAAAUUCAUAAUCCACUGGCUAUAGGACAAUAUGUCAACAAUUGUUCAAAUGACAGAGCAGCUAAUGUGUGCUAUCAAGAAUUUGAAGUGCCAGCAGUGUUCCCUAUAGAACUGAAGCAGUAUCUUCCAAACAUUGCCUAUAGCUAUGACAAACAAAGCCCACUUCGAUGUGUGGUUCUUGUUGCGCUGAGGGACAUCAGGCAAGGAGAAGAGCUCUUUUCAAACUACUACACAAUUGUCAGCUAACGUGGUGCACUGGAGAUUAGCUUUUCUACUUAGCUUAGCAUUCUGAGUUAACUCAAAAUGUUCUUUUGUUAAUCAUUCUGAGUUCUACCUGUAGAAUAAAUAUUUUGGAAUUUAAUUGAAAUAAGAAUUGUUUUAUUGAUAUUACAGUUAUGUUCCAGUUUCAUGGUAAAAGUGAUUUGCUUCAUUAUUACAAUUGCAAAAUUUGUAAUGCAAUUGCAGUGUAAUUGGUUUUCACCUACACAAUAGUUUAUUAAAUUAAAACUACUUGAACUGUAAUCUCAAUGUUUUAUUUUGUAUACCUGUGAUUUAUAAAAUUUUAGUCAAGCACCAGCAAUUCUUACAAUGUUGAAGUGUAUAAAUUUCUGUAAAAAUGUUUAUGUUUACAGAAUAAAAAAUACCUAGUGUUGCCAUGAGUAAACUGGUGUGUUUAUAUGUAACUUAAAGAUUGUUCCACCUGGGUAAGGGCAAAACAUGUCAUUAUCCUCUUUUCUUUACUCACUGAACACUCCCCCCUCCCCCCCAAAAAAAGGUUUCAAGAGUAAGACAUUGUUUUAGUACGGGAAUAUAAUUAAAGAUUCGUGUUGAGAGAA